UUUGCAUACAAAUACAUAAAUGAAAAUUUAGUAACAAAAUAACGAAUUAUUCAAUUGAUAUAGACCCAAGUGAACGAAACGUGAUGGGUAAUUGAUUAUUUCAACGUCCUAUGCUCUCAUUUCAGAUCUUUAUCUACAAUUAAAUUUGUUAUCACGUAACAAAGCCCUAUGAAACUCUCGUAUCUAUUAUCAAUAUAAUCACAUGACGAUUUAGGUGUAAGUUGACUUAAUUCAAAAUGUUACAAUUUACCUUAGGAUGUUUAGGUGUUUGUAUUAUUUUGAUUCUAAGUAGUUCGAACGUUUUAGCUAAGAGCUGCACAAAAAAGUCAGCAUGUUCUUGUCUUACAGAAUCUGGACAUUUAAUUGAUUUGAACCAAUUGGCGAAAAAGGAUGGAACCCCUGCAUAUGCAGAUAUAAUUGACCCUAAUGGAGCAGCAGAUGCUUAUGCUUGGAAUCCGUGCAAUGCUUUUACUCUCAACGACUGUAAUAAUGUGGCAGUAUGUCACGAAAUAAUAUCUGGGCCAAUAUUCCAAUACAUACCUAUAGGCACACAGGACAGCGCAGAAUUCUCAUACAAUGGAGAUCAACUGCAAAUAGCUUACAGUGAUACGCAAAACGCCGAACAAAAGGCUGUAAUUAACCUGGUAUGUGACAAAUCAGUACACGGAGACUUUACUUCCCUUGGACAGGACAUACCACCAACAGGAACUUUUUUGUUCCAGUUGAAGUCCAAAUACGUCUGUGAUUCAUCCGGUUUAUCUGUAGGCUCUAUACUAUGUAUAGGGUUUGUAUCUUUAUUGUUUCUGUACAUUCUUAUCGGAAUACUCGUUCAAAUAUUUAUACGUAAAGAAUCUGGUAAACGAGUUAUACCAAAUCAUGACUUUUGGGUUGCUGUACCAGUAUAUAUAAAGGAUGGUACUCGUUUCGUUAUUGGUAGAGGAAAAGUACGAUCAUAUGAUGCAAUUUGAUUGUAUAUCAUAGUUUAAUUUUAAACAUUCAUCAUAUAUAUAUAUAGAAUACUCAAUUUUGGUUUUUGUAUAACAGUUGACAUGUUGGUUAAUAUGAUAUUCAUAUACAUAUACAUUUGUGUUACUGUAAUUGAAAAAAAUAUGAAGGUCCUCUGCUUUAUUCAGAGUUGUCCUUCGUUGACUGAAAAAAAAAAGAGAAGUUUUUAUAUAAGCAUUCGCAUGUAUCUACGAAUUAUUUCAGUGGUUGAUGUUCAGUAUACACAUGAAUAGUUUAAUGAUCUUUAAUGCCCACUUAUAGUACGUUUGUAUAGUAAUUUAUUUGUUUAUGGAGAUAACUUUUAGGCGUUGUGAAAAUAAAGGCGAUAUUUCUAUUA